GAGAGAGAGAGAGAGAUGUGAAAGCAGCAACACAUCGGUGAGAACAGGACGUGGCCCGGGGACCCGCCGGAAGCAGCAGCAGCAGCUGGACGCGGCCCCUAAAAUAACACCGGCAGCUCGAGCGACACCGAGGCGGCCAGAGGGGCGGAGAGGAGGAGGAGGAGGAGGAGGAGGAGGCGCCACCUGCACCGCGACUCGCUUCUCUCCCUCCCUCUCCUCGGCUGUCAUCACCCCUCGCUCCUCUCGGACCGCCGCCGCCGCUCCCUCGUCUAAGAUGGCUGACCCCGGCAGCGACGGAGAGGCGCCGGAGAGCGCGCGCGGCUUCGCCCGCCAGGGCGCCCUCCGCCAGAAGAACGUGCACGAGGUGAAGAACCACAAGUUCAUCGCGCGCUUCUUCAAGCAGCCCACCUUCUGCAGCCACUGCACGGACUUCAUCUGGGGCUUCGGGAAACAGGGAUUCCAGUGCCAAGUGUGCUGUUUUGUUGUCCAUAAGCGCUGUCAUGAGUUUGUCACCUUUUCUUGUCCGGGGGCCGACAAGGGACCCGCCUCAGACGAUCCUCGUAGUAAACACAAGUUUAAGGUCCACACCUACUCCAGCCCCACCUUCUGUGACCACUGUGGCUCCCUCCUCUAUGGGCUGCUACACCAGGGGAUGAAAUGUGACCACUGUAUGAUGAACAUCCACAAGCGGUGUGUGGCCAACGUCCCGAGCUUGUGUGGGACAGAUCACACCGAGACGAGGGGACGCAUCCAAAUCUCUGCCAAGAUCGUUGAGGACACGCUCACCGUCAUCAUCAAAGAGGCCAGGAACCUGGUGCCCAUGGACCCCAACGGCCUGUCAGACCCUUACGUCAAACUCAAACUGAUCCCAGACCCCAAGAGUGAGAGCAAGCAGAAGACCAAGACCAUCAAAUGUUGCCUCAACCCCACCUGGAACGAGACGUUCACUUUCAACCUAAAAGAAAGUGACAAGGACCGCCGUCUGUCGGUGGAGGUCUGGGACUGGGAUUUGACCAGCAGGAACGAUUUCAUGGGAUCCCUGUCCUUUGGGAUCUCAGAACUACAGAAACAAGCGGUAGAUGGAUGGUUUAAGCUGCUGUCCCAGGAGGAAGGAGAAUACUUUAAUGUUCCUGUCCAGCCAGAUGGAGAGGAUGGUAACGAGGAGCUACGACAAAAGUUUGAGAGGGCAAGGGUGGGUCCAGGGAAGGCCGCAGACGCUUCCUCCUCCUCCUCGAUGUACAAGUAUGACAGCAAUGGCAAUCAGGACCGCGUCAAGCUCUCGGACUUCAACUUCAUCAUGGUUCUGGGAAAAGGCAGCUUCGGCAAGGUGAUGUUGGCUGAAAGGAAAGGUACGGACGAGUUGUACGCCAUCAAGAUCCUAAAGAAGGAUGUGGUGAUCCAGGACGAUGACGUGGAGUGCACCAUGGUGGAGAAGAGAGUCCUCGCUCUGGCGGGGAAACCGCCUUUCCUCACCCAGCUGCACUCUUGUUUCCAAACCAUGGACCGACUGUAUUUUGUGAUGGAGUAUAUAAACGGAGGAGACCUCAUGUACCAGAUCCAGCAAGUUGGCAAGUUCAAGGAGCCUCAUGCUGUGUUUUACGCUGCCGAGAUUGCCAUUGGACUCUUCUUCCUUCACUCCAAGGGCAUUGUGUAUCGGGAUCUGAAGCUGGACAAUGUGAUGCUGGACUCUGAAGGCCAUAUAAAGAUCGCCGACUUUGGCAUGUGCAAAGAGAACAUGUUGGACGGAGUCACCACAAAGACUUUUUGUGGAACACCAGACUACAUUGCUCCAGAGAUCAUAGCCUAUCAGCCUUAUGGGAAGUCUGUGGACUGGUGGGCCUUUGGAGUUCUGCUGUAUGAAAUGCUUGCUGGACAGCCGCCUUUUGACGGGGAGGAUGAAGACGAGUUGUUCCAGUCGAUCAUGGAGCAUCAUGUCUCUUACCCUAAAUCCAUGUCCAAAGAAGCUGUUGCCAUCUGCAAGGGGCUGAUGACCAAACACCCAGGUAAGCGUCUUGGCUGCGGUCCAGAGGGGGAGAGAGACAUCAAGGAGCACGCCUUCUUCCGUUAUAUAGACUGGGAAAAACUGGAGAAUAAAGAAGUCCAGCCACCUUUUAAACCUAAAUCUUGUGGGCGUGAUGCAGAGAACUUUGAUCGCUUUUUCACGCGCCACCCCCCAGAGCUGACCCCCCCAGAUCAGGAGCUAAUAGCCAACCUGGACCAGGAAGAAUUCCAAGGCUUCUCAUUUGUUAACCCUGAGUACACGCACACACCCCACUGACCACGCCACAUAUCACUGAGCUGCACUAGUAAUCCCCUACACGUCAGAGAAACACGCACACAAUUAUACACACAUUAUUUUUUAAAAUGCGGGGAGGAAAAAAAAAAUCACCAUGAUUUCAUAUCCAGACUGCAUUCAGCAGGGUGAAACGGUAAGAAAUAGUCGAGGCAUUUUGUGAAAAAGACUUUAUUUGCUUUCUUCGCCAAAGUGAGAUGAGUAGGUUGAUGUAGGUUUAGCUGAGUUCAGCACAAAGCUUGAAAGCCACGGGAAAAAAACUUCUCUUUUAUUUGUUCUGGACAUAAAUGUUGGAUGUAAUGUUUAGCAGAACAUCUAGAUUUAUUUUGCUACAUAAGGUUUGAUAAAGAACAGGUGGAUGACCUGUCUCACUGUCACAAGGAGGCAUCUUAAAUCCCAGAAUGAAAUCAAAUAAUCUCUUCAAAAUGCCAAACUAUUCCUUAGAAUAAUGUUUCAGAUGGAGACGCUGACAGGUGCUCAAACGCUAACAAUCAGGAGAUAUAAUCAGAUGCUAUGUGUGUGUGUGUGUGUGUGUGUCAAGUUGCCAGUAGGAGAAUAGUCUUGUUUUGGUGACACUGUUCUCAUUUUUACUGUGGUUUAACAUGUCAUGCUACACUGCAGCUCUCACAUCGGCUCUGGCUGUGUAUCUGUCUUUAGUGCAGGAAUGUUGCUCACCCCUGAAUGCUGCCCGGCCGCUCAGACCAGCAGUUUCAUGUCGGAGUCCGACCUCAGGGCCGACCUGAACCUGCCCCGUCUGUGUCACCCACCCUGUAACUGCAUAUUGACUAUGACGACCUAUCGGUAAUAUUGAUGAGUGUACUAUGACCACAUAUUGGUAAUAUGUAAGUGAAAACUGACCAGUUGCUUUGCUCUUAUUGUUAUUGUUAUUAUUUAGAACUUAUCAGUUUCCAAAUGUUGAUUUUUUUUCUUUUGUCUUUUGGACCAAAUACUCCCAUCACUUUUUCCCCCAUUUUUAUACAAUCAGUGUUGUGGUGAGCUUAUCAGAAUAUUCUUGCCGAUUUCAUUUUUAACCUGUCAAGAGGAUGGACGUCUUUGAACAUGCAAGAGUUGUAAGACCGUGUCGAGUUAGAGAUAAUUGACUGAGAGCUCAUUACUUUUCUGCUGACCCAUUACCAAAAAAACCCACCACAUCACACUGUUUUUAACGACAGGCCGCAUAUCUCACAACCAUGUCUGGAGAAUCUCACAUAUGACGACGCCCUGUACAGUAUCGCAAAGCUGAUGGUUUGUGGACUUACAGAAACAGGAUGUCCAAAAGUGCCAAAAAUAGGGUUCAGAAUCAUGGUGGUUAUAAAAUGCUGCCCUCACCGACUGUGGCGAAGGGCAGCCAUGUUGUGCCAUUUUGCCGUACAUGUAUGAUUAUUAGAAUAUGCAUUAUAGCUCAUCUGUUCUCAAACAAUACAGUGAACUUGGAAAAUCGUUCUUCAUAUAUGAAAUGAAUUGUCUCCGACGACAAGUGUUUCAUGGUGAGUCAGGUUGUUUUUUCUUUUUGUAACUGUGAAAUGAUGCAAGGUAGUGAUGUGUCAAAUCUUCUUGUUCUUUGAGCUUGUAUCAAAAAGGGAGGCGGCAGCAUGUCGACGUCGAAGGUUUGUUUCUGUUGUACAAAGAUGCUCGCUGAUUUAAAAAAAAGAAAAAAGACGAGGAUUCUGCCAGAGGAAAACAGUGAGCACUUAUUGUGAUGAUAACAAGUGAUGAAUCAAUGACGGUAUGAUGAGAGAGGAUAACAGAGAAAAAAAUAAAUGUAUAUAAAGGUCUAUAUCGGAGAUAUAUUUGGAUCAAUUGUUCCGGAUGAGAGAGCGACGCUUCUGUGGAUUGUGUAAUUGUCCUGUAUGACUGGAAACUGAUAAUAUACUCACUGGUGCCUACCAGACUACUUG